UGUUAUGGUUAAAAAAGUGUCAGGUUGUCGAGUUAACUGCGUUUUAUUGCUUACUAAAAUGGCUGACGCGCAUUCAGAAAGAGAUGGAGUUACAAUGGAAAACACAUUCCCAGUGUACAAAGUAGAUGCCAUCGUGCAGUUUUUCCGCACUGAUGUUUUGACGGGCCAGGAGGCAAAACACUUUGCUAAAAGUGAUAUCACUCCAAACCCAAAGCCAGAGGUUAUACAGAGACUCUACAUGAGAAUAUUGCAACUUCUCUAUGGCUUCAGGCCUGAAUGCCAUUACCUGGCUCCUCUGUCUGAAAACAUCCAGUGCCCUAUGUUGUAUGAAUGUGCCAUACCAGUUAUGAGUGUUUACUUAUCCAUGUGCCAGUUUUUACCCAUGUGCCAUGUGUAUGACUUCUCAUUGAAUGACCUGCUUAAUCCGAAGCCAAAACGCACAAUCACCAUUUUGAGUGGCAUCCAGAACUUUCUACAUUUUAGGAAGCAGAGGCUGGAAAUAAUUGCAGGGCAUCAGCAGAGUUUUCGUGCAGAAAUGGAUAAACUUCAGGCCUACACUAGAGGGAUUAAGGAAGCUGAGAAGAAGAUCGAGAAAUUGAUGAUUAUCCCACCUGAGCAGCAAGCAGAAGCAAAGGAACUGGCUGCAGCCCUAAAAGAAGUAAACAGCGCUACCAUGCAAGAGUCUCAGGAAGUGAGCGCCAUUAAUGAACAGGUUGCAGAGUGCAAAACAGAAAUUGCAGAAAGGUCACAGAAACUGAGCCAGAGGAAAUUAGAAGUGGCCACCCAGAAGGAUGAGAUAGCAAAGCUCAAGUCCCAGAUUGUAGAGUCCCCUGAAGAGGUCAAGAAUGAAAUGGAGAAGAUGAAGGAGAACAUAAAGAACAUCAAGAACUCAAAGGAGCUGUCUGAUGAGAUGCUCGUGGACCUGCAAAUCAAGGUGCAGUGCGCCAGCCAAGGAGAAUCAGACAUUCAGGUCAUACUGAAGCAGCUACAUGACCUGCAAGCAAGCAUGUGCAAGACCAACCAGCAGAAGGAAGAGGUCCAGAGCCUGGCAGCUCUCUCUGAGACUCUGCAGAAGGAACUGAAGGGACUUAGCAAUGAAGAGGGUCAGCUGAAGAGAGCACUGGCAAUGAAAUUGGACAAGGAGUCUAAGCAGCAGAUUCGCCGUCAGAAGAAGAAAGAGCUGAAGGACCAGCAUGUACAGAAUAUUAUUGGGCAAUAUGACAAAAUCCAUGAAAAACGUGAGGAGAUUGUAGAUCGGAUUAAACACAUCAAUUCGGAAACAAGACAGUUCAAGGAAAAGAUGCAGAAGCUUCGUGAUACCUGCAACCAGAACAGUGAAAAGGCCCAGGCCAUCUAUGAUCGGCUACUUACCACACUGGAGCAGUACCACAAACGCAUUGAAAACAUUGUGAUGGAGGGCACUGCUGACAUGAUGAAAAUGAAAACUGUUUUUUAGUAUCUUUCUGGCAAUAUCCAUUCAAAGGUUUCCUUCCUUUCAGUGUUGUCUCUUUCUGUUCUGUUCACUAUAUAUAUUCCUUUGUAAAUAAUUGUGCUCUUCUACUUUGUUCAUUAAAAUGUAUCUGAUAACUUUAGUAAGUUGAAAA